CCUUCAUGUUAUAGUGUUUCGAUUGCCACCAUGUGUAUCUAUUAUACAGGAUUAGUCAUGAGUUUGUUAACUGUUAGUGUGUGUGAGAUAUCCGGAGAUUUAAGACCCGUUAAAACUGUUUCACGGAACUAUUACGAUGACACUACUAGAGAGGUUUUUGGAAAACAGCUAGAAAAACCCGAGUCUGUUGAGGACGUUGAGGUAGUAUCCAAGAACGCAAUUGCAAAGCUAGAAGCUCAAGCAAAUAAUGUACCGAAGGGACGGCCGGGUGAUAUGGGUGACUCGCAACACUCGGCCGAGUCCUCCAUCCGCGAAUACCAGACACCGUCCUCCAAAAAGACCCUGUGCGUCUUCUCUCCACCCAAGGAGUACUGCGUGGCUCAGAUGAAGGACGUAUCCAGAUCGGACCCGCAGGAGGUGUUAUCCCGCGCCAUGCCGCCUUUGCUGAAGACGCGUGACGUUGCAUAUGAACGUGUUGCCGAUGACGUCAAUGCCGGCGUUUCUGAUGAGGAUGAUAGAAAUAUCCACAAUAUUAAGGGCGGGUAG